CAGUCUUUGAGUGAUUUACAUGGGUGCGCUUGCUAUUAUUUAUCGACACUAUAUGAAGCCCAUGAAACUAUUAACUUUUAUGUUCCUGUUGCUGAUUACUUUCGGCUGCGGUAGGAGCGAGGACGACGACGGCCAGUACACAGUCACCAACGGAAACAAUACUGUGAUUUUGGAAUUUGCUCCGCCCAAAGUGGACCAAAACGAUAACCAGUGCAACGAGACCACAGGGGUGUGUGGACGAGCUUACAAAAGGCACACUUACAACAACGGAUAUGAGUGGGGAGAUGAAAGGGAAAGAAAGACCACGCGUAAGGAAGAACUGGAGCCAGAUAUCGAAGAUCUUCCGGACGAAAUGGAGUUCGAAUCAUCCACCAUACCUACAACAGAACCCGAGCGAAUUAUAUACGCUCGAUUCCCUGCUUUGCCGAGAAGAAAGAAGCUCCACGGCACGACGACUAUACAUGGAGAAAUGAUUACGCCGUCGACAAUGAAGCCGUACGCGCCGAAACCGGCACACACCAUGCAAGAUUAUGAAAUGUACACGACAGACACUGUUAAAGACGAAUUGAACGAGGAAGAAGAAGAAGAAGAAGAGGAAGACGUUGUAAAUGCAAUUAAUAAAGUCGAUGCGAAACCUGCUAAGUCAGUACACGUUUUAAAACGAGUAAAACCGACUCCAGCGCCAGUUUCAGAAGACCCACUUACGUUACUUGAAAAGAUAAGGCAACUCCAACGGGAAAACUCUCAAAGAGGUUCUAAACUAAACGACCACGAGUUUAGGAAAUUAUUCUCCCAAUAUUUGAGCAGGGCUCCCACGCAUUACGCCGGCUAUCUUUCCAGUACAGAGAGGGCUCAAGUUAGAAAACCCGGACAUUGGCGAGGCCAUUACGACAAGAAUGUCAAACAACCGGAAGUUGGCAUUCCGAAACGCUACAAGGUUAGACCUCAUGACAUGGGUACCUACAAACUUAGAAAUACAGAUAAGACUCAAUUAAGAUACAACAAAGACGAUAAAAGAAAAAACCAGGAGAGUGAGGUAACACAAAACAAACCGAAACCAGAAUUUCCUGACCGAAGAAGCUUAGAAGAAACCAUAGCCCAGUUGAAAAAGAAACUUCAACGUGCAGACCUACGGGAAAAAAAAAUAUUACAUAUAAAUCAUAAAUAUGAGAAAACAACUGCUCAAACCACAUUGAAAACACCGUCCCCGCCUAGUACAGUUUCAGAAACCACUGAAAAAUACAUCACGCAACCACCGCCGAUGCCAAAAAGCACAGCGUACUUCAUGAGUUUCAAAAGCAGAAGGCCCAACAAGCCAGUUGAAGAAGAGAAAUUUCCAAAAUCUAUAAAUCCAAACUUCAGGAAAAUCGCCAUGAACAGCAGAAAAGCUUGGAAAACUAACAGACGAGGUGAAGAGAUAGUAGAAAACUACUCUACUAAACGUGUAACAUCUGAACCAAAAAAUUUCACGAAACCGGAAUCGAAAAGUUUGAUAAAUCGACAUGAAUUCGUAGCGACUUUUCAGCCUAGACGGAGAAAGCCAGUUUACAAAAUCCCUCAUUCAACAAAGAUGGCCAAGAAACAGCUCAAGAAUAAGUGGACCACAACAACACCUGUACUGAAAUCAACAACCACUCAGAAACCCGAAAACAAAACAACCACGCAAAUGACAAGUCCAACUCCUCCACCGUCAACAACAACAAAACCUGUCAGGAAGCAAGUUACAAGAAAAAAGACUAUAAGAUAUAGAAAGAAGCCGACGAGAACAACCAAGGCGAGAACAACCACGACGACAACAACCACAACCACAACUACGACCACCACAACUACGACAGAAAAACCUACAACGAAGAAGCCUGAAAAGAAAGUUUUCAUAAACCUCUUCGAAAGAUACCAAAAGUAUGCGCGGCCCAGUUCGGAUGGUAAAUAUACGGAUACGAAAUACACACCUAAAUACGGAAAUAACAACGCCGAGAACGUUCGUGGCUACGAAAGCACGACUGUGCCUAGGGCAAAUAAGAAAUCGUCUACUAAACGAGAAAACGACAAUUAUCCCUGGGUUACAGAAGAGCCGUUGAUCAUCCCAUCCAUUAGAAAAUUCCUGAAAGCGAAACAAUUCAUGAAACGCCAUAACCAAAAUGCCGACUUGUUACUACUUUCUGAAAUAUUCAACGAGGGCAACGUCGGGAGAUUGAACGGGGGAUCGUCCCUCGCAGCUGCCGCAAAAUAUUGGCCUCAAGACGACCCCAAUAAGUAUGGAAACUCGCAGAAAAAUGAGAAUACGGCCGAUAAAACGUCAGGGGUUAAAUAUGGAGACCCACUGCUGAAGAAGGAAAGACACCAAGAAGAGAAUAUAAAAAAACCUAGGAAAAGAAAUCUAUUUAAUCAUAAGGUACAAAACUCAAUUUCUAGACAUAUGAGCCAUUCUAAGAGAAAGACUCAAAUAAAACUGUCCGCACGUAAUGAAACAAAGGACUGUAAUAUAAAAAAUCAAACAUUGGUUAAUAGAAAUAGGUCGAAUACAAAAAUCUCGAAGAACAAAAGUUGCAAUAAUUCUCACAAAAAUUACGAGAAGAAGUAUAAAACAAACAACAUAAUCAGCAGGAUUAGGAACAAUACCGAUGUGCUAAACAGAAUUUCUACUAAGAAGCCAGGUUUCAAUCGGAAUAGACAGAAUGUAACUUCUAGCCAAUUUAUUGAGAAAUAUACACCAUUUGGAAAAGCUAACAUUAAUCUGCAUUCUAAAAAAGACAAAUUUCACGGUACAAUCCCUUCAAAUUUCAAUGUUAAGCGUUACGUUGUUGAAAGCACAACGUUAAUGAUUACCAAGAGACCAAAUUUGUUUAGGGCGGCAAACGUUACAAAACAUCCAGUAAAUAGAAAUAUAUUAAAAACUAUGAACAGUUUGAACAUAAAGAAGCGAAAUACAACCCUGCACCAUCGAAAAGUUAGUGCAAAUAAUAAAAAAUUGAACGAACACACAAUGAAGCCAUAUGAUUGUAAUCAAACUUCGAAACAUAACAUCGAGAAUAUAAAAAAUUUAACGGCUAUCAGAAAUAUCACUGUAAAGCCAUUUGUUAAAAACGCCAGGAAUAAACUAAAACUGGGAAUCAGUCCAAAAAAUAAAACUGCAAGGCAUUCUUAUCAUCAUCUACUUUUGAAACAAAGUCAAAGUUAUAAUGUAACGAAAUUUUAUUCAGCCCAUAAAAAAAUGAAUGUAAUGAAAGAUCUAAGUAAUAGUACAAAGGAACGACCUAACCUUCCGAACAAUUCAACUGAAAAUUAUAACUGGUGUAGUACAGCAAGUGAAAAGGCCAGUAGUCCUAAGGAUCAUAUUAACAUUAAAAAACUAGUGACUCAUAAAAUUGGCCGGAAUAAAUUCUCCCAACGCACUUUGAAACAUAAAUUAAUUAUGAAAGUUCUGAAUGCACAUCACAGACGCACCACUCGUGUAAAAAAUAUUUCCAAGAAUUUAAAUCAGACUUAUUUCGAUAGCAAAUUGAGCAAUAAUGAUGUUAAAAACAGUACAAAGACAGUGACACCUGUUUCUAGUACCACGGAGCUUAUACUUUUGAAUAAAACUAAAAUUAUAAAGAGGAAGCAUUUUCAUCCUGUAACACUAAUAAACCCAAGAUAUAAGUUUCUUCCUCGUAAGGGAGGCUUUCGGAAUAGGUUGAACUUUAAACAUAAAUUUCUAUCAAGGAAUAACACUGAGGGAUUGGAGAAAAUUAGGGAUGGUCAGAAUAUUACGAGAAUGAAUAAUACGACGGAUCGAGAAUCACAGGAAACGGACAUUAAUCGUCUGAAACAAAAUUGUCCAUAUGUAAAUACAACUAACAUUGUCCACUCGCCAAAUAUCACUAUGAAAAUCGGAUUAAAUGGUGAUGUACUUUUGAACCAAAGUCACAGAAUAGAAAAUGUGAGAGUUAAAGGCAAUCUGGAACCUAGGGACGAUAAGGGGCUAAAUGAUAAAAAGGCCGUUGUUACUCGUACGAGAGUUCGUAACUUCAAAGCUAAGCCUAGGAAAGCCACAAAGGGGCGGCUUAAUGGAAAAACCGGAACCCUUACAAAAAUCGUGAAUUUUAAAAUUCAACCCGAGACCGGAAAUACUACCAAGGAACCAAGGAGCAUUGAUUACACUGAAAUCAAAUGCAAUCUGACAGGGGUUGAUAAAAUAAAAACGGAUUCAGUUUACAUUACUAAGGGACAAGGCGACAUAGAAAGAACGGUCAAUCGUACACAUUCAGACAUGUUGAAAGCAAAAACAUCUCCAGGAAAAAUUCCUAAGGUCUUAAGUUACCUUACUCAUAUCAGAAGAACCUAUCAAACCAAUAGGAGAAAUUUAGAAAAGGAAAAAAGUUAUUUUAAAAUAGACACUGACUUUAAGCCCAGCCAGGCUAUUACAAAACUGAAAAAUAAAACCGAGGUUCUAAAUUGCUGUGAACAAAAGUCGAAUUCUCCUUGCAAAAAUGUACCAUCAAAAAUUGAAAGUAAAAAUAUUACAGAGACCUUAAUUAAGAAUACAAAUAUGUUAGGCACAUCGAUCGAAAUGUCAAGAAAUAUUAAGGAUAAAAUUUAUACGGAAAGCAAAUCAAAUAUAACUUCAAAUCCACUUGAAAAAAUAAAGCCCAUGUCCAAGAAUAUUACAAAGGGGCGAAGCUAUCAUGCAAGAAAUACCGGCAAAAAAAUAUACCUCAGAAAGAUUGAAAGUUUAAUUUCACUAAACGUGGAAAACAGUACAAAAUCGUCGAUAAUCAAGACCGUAACCAACAAUACGAAUGUGUUAAGCCCUUCAAUCGAAAUGUCCAGAAAUAUUAAGGAUAAAAUUUACACGGAAAGCAAAUCCAAUAUAACUUCAAAUCCACUGGAAGAAAUAAAGCCCACGUCCAAGAAUAUUACAAAGGGGCGAAUCUAUUAUGCAAGAAAUACCGGCAAAAAAAGAAACCUAGGAAAGGGACUGAUUAGACACUUAAAGUCUUUUAAUAUCACCCGUAAUCAAUAUAAAGUUUUAAAUAAGGCCUCGGAGGAAACCACAAAGAUUGAAAGUGUAAAUACACUGAACGUUGAAAACAGCACAAGAUCGUCGAUAGUUAAGGGUUUAAUUAACAAUACGACUGCGUCAAGCCCUUCAAUCGAAGUUUCCAGAAACAUAAAAGACAAAAUUUACACGGAAAACAAAUUUAAUAUAACUUUAAGUCCAGUUGAAAAAAUAAAGCACAGGUCCAGGAAUAUUAAGGGGCGAAUCUAUCAUAUAACAAGAAAUACCGGCAAAAAAACAAACCUAGGAAAGAGACUGAUCAAACACGUUAAGUCUUCUAAUAUCACUCGUAAUCAACAUGAAGUUAUAAAUAAGACCUCGGAGGGAAAUACAAAGAUUGAAAGUUUAAUUUCACUAAACGUCGAAAACAGUACAGAACCGUCGAUUAUCAAGAACAGCACUACGAACAGGCAAAUCAAUAAAGUACACCUAAAACACAGGAAUACGAGUAAGAGCCGUGGAACCCAAAGAAAGCAUUACGGAGCGAUUAACACUGCAAGAAAAAACGUCUCGGGUAAUGUAAAUAAGACCAAAAGUUACCCAAUUAGCCAUAAACUUAGUUCAACAAGAAAGGAAGUGAAUUUCAAUUUUUCUACGAUAAACGAUAAAAAGGUAGAUUUGAACGAAGAUCUCGACAACGACAGAAAUUCUACUGAUAAGUCGAAUAAUUUACGGAUCAAUCUUCCAGAGACUGAAGGUAGACGAAGGGUCAAAAGAAGCCAUGGAUUUGGCGAGCCCAUUUUGAAGCAAUCUUAUUUAAAAUCCCAGCGUACAUUAAUGAACAAACCGCUUAAGAAUAACUUCAGACCGACAAUCGACGGAUUUGAUUACGUAGAGAGCCAAAGCACGCCUAAAGAAAACCUUCUAAGGAGACACCACAGCACGCGAACCACUGCAGUAACCGAAACUACCAAGACGACAACGCCUAAGCCGACGAUCAGCGUCAGGCCGAGACACACAACGGUGCGCUACAACACACACGAGGUGUUGAUGACGGAUCUACAGCCGAAGAAGGAUAAUAAAAUAUUUGUGGCAAAGCUCAUGGGCCUUAUAGCCAAAACGAUGCCAUUGAGCGACAGGGAAAAAAUGCUGUGUUCUAGUUUCAACAACGGCGAGACUUUCCAUUCAUCUCUUCGGGGUAUUUUAAACCAAGACGCGAAAUUCCACGACGACCAGAUGGUUUCUUUAAUCGAUAACGUCAGAUGCGAAAAGGCACUUUCUUCCUAUGAAUAUGACGAUGUUGACCUACCACACUCUAUCCAUCGUAAGAAAAGGAGUUUGGAUAAUGUGACAACCGAAGUUCCAAGUACUCUGAGUCCGUUAGCCACAAUGGAUCAACAAGUACAGCAAUCAACAUCCACAUGGAUCACUUCAUUUUUGGACACGAAAAAUGAUACAGAAACAAUUAAGUCAUCCGAAAUACAAAAAAGAGAAACCUCAAGUUUUCACAACGUUCAUAAUUCCACAAAUACAGUGUACAAUUUUCCAAUUUCUACUCAAUCGCCAAACACCUCGAUACAAAGCGUACUCAAUCCUCUGGGAGUAAUGGAAGAUCAAGAUCUUCAACGCGUCCCUCGGGGUGCACUGGAAAAUACGACCAAAUCGAUAAUAAAGCCCAAAACGUCUCUGAAAACGUCUCCGAAAACAUAUCCCAAAACGUCUCUGAAAACAACUCUGAAAGGAUCUCUGAAAACAACUAUGCAAAUAACGCAAAAAAUAUCUCAAAACAUAUCUCCCAGCACUAAAACAUCGCAAGAGACAUCGUUAAGAAAACAUGAUAAAAAAUCAACCACAAAGGCACUCAAGGGAAACCGAAAAAUUGUGAAAAAUGUCCUAACCACAAAUGCGCCAAAAACGACUACAAAACGGUGGUUAUUUAUGGAAAUGGCAACGUACAAAAUAAAACCCCAUUUUAAUAAAAAGCAUGUCAAUAAAACCAAACCAUUCAAAUCGAGAUCGACUAAAUCGUCUAAGUCUACUCAAACAACAACAAUAAAACCACGCACUAAAAGGCUAACAAAAUCAAAGAAAAAUCUUUUACCACUUCAUGUCACAAAGAAAGCCAAAGAAUCUACUAAAAAACCAACAAACAAAUUCACCCACGCGAGUAGAGGACACUUAAAAGGGACGCAAUCCGCUUUGACGUCGAAGAAAAAAUACUUGUACCAAAACAAGGGCAAUUCUAUAAAGAAAAAAACACAGAAAACAACCACCAAAACUGGACCAAAUAAUUAUCAUGCAAAAGCGGGUUAUAUGAGAAAAAAUUAUCUUUCUUUCUUGCGAUAUUCUGGAACAUUGAAACCGUCUUUAACGUCCAAAGGAAAAAAACUAGUUUCGACCAGCACAGAAGCUCCGAUAUGUAAUCAAGCUACUACUACCGCACCGCCGACAACAACAAACUCAACCCCUACAGAAUCCGAUGUCACUGUUCCUUCUUUGAAAAGUUUCCACCAUCAGAAUCACUCGACUGUGGAUCCAGAACCUUCUUCAAAGAGGCGAAGCACGAUGAGACAUCGACAGAAGAAAAACUUCCCGCCUCUCCUGCCACUCCGUAAAUCCCCGAGCCGCCUCAGGAUCUUCCAUGUCCACCAUGUUAAAGUUCCUUUAUCGUCUUUUAUAUCCACGGGAAAAACGACCCCAGAACCUUUCACAUUCCCGCAAAUCGAGGACCAGAUGCGCUCGUAUUCGAAGUCCGACCUGACAGACAGACACCAAGCGUACGCAAGCAACAAAUUGUUCGAAAAGUUAGAUUACAACAGCACAGCUUUGAAAAGUUUGGUUAAAAAGCUUUCAGACGCCCAUACGGAUCAUUCGACAAUCGCCAAGCCAACAACAGAACGUUCAUUUGUCACAAAAGGUAGCACGGAAACUGCUUCACCGGGAAUAAAUGAAACCGUCACACAAGCGACAACUGUCAAGAAUUCCACAAAACUUAACUUCUUCCGGAGGGCUGAAAUGGCUAUUCGUUCCUUGAAAAGGGGUUUGACAGAAGGCGGCAUUACAUAUACUGGACAUUAUACCACGGAAGUGCCGCUAAGCCUCAAACUACUCCUAACUCAUUCUCUUAGCAAUCCAAGAAACCCUUUUGAAGAAGUGCCGGACGAAUCGAAAAAAAAGGACUUCGAUGGGAGUUACAUAACUGAAUUCUUUGAGAAAAGCUUAACAGGACCGUCGAGGCGGAUAGUAAAAAGAAGUGUCAACUUUCGACAAAACCUAGACAUCGGAAAAAAAGCUUUUGAAAUGAUAUUCCUUCCGGAGUUUUUUAAUGAAAACGGAAAAAUGAAGCCCAAGGUGUUCAAGAGAAGCCAUGAAAUACUACCACAGUCUACGACUGCGACAUCUUCCUCGGUUGUCAGUUCUAAAUUUGAAGCCACGACGGAGGUGGAGCCCAGUUUUCUCGGAUUGCAAGGCGACGUUUUGAACAUUAGUACAACUACUCCUGCAACUACGCGUGCCGUGACGACGCGAAGAAAACUCGUCGCACAGCGUAAAAACCACCGUACCUCAUGGCAGUCUUCGCCCAAACUUUACAACUAUGGAGUUUUUUCGAGAUUUCUCAAUUCGACGGGACACGGUAAAAACAGGAAGGUACACAGAAACAGGCCAAUGCAUCAUGCCAAGGAAAAUGACGAUUGGAACAUGCCGUCCUACUAUAUUCCUGAACGGUAUAACUGGAAAAAAACAAAAACUUCAACAAGCAAAAGAAGGAUAGAAAAAGUGGAAAACACGACUAGCAGCUUAUCGACGACUUUGGAAAGCGAAAAACCGACAUUUAUGGCGGAAAUUACAACAACAGAAAUUCCAACGACUCUAUCUCUUGAAAGUAUUACGAAUAACUUGACUUUAUCUGCUACUGAACAAGUUCUGAUCUACGGAACAACAGAACGAGUAAAAGAGGAUGUUACUGCUAGGAGAAAAAGGCGUUCUCCUCAAAAUCUGGAAAUAGAUCGUAACAUAAGUGAACAGUUUCGCCGACAAAAGCGCAUGAGAAAUCUCAAAGAAUUUCAGUCGGAGGAGGACGAUGAGGAUGAGUACGAAUUCGGACAUAGGAAGCAUGCACUCGGUAGUUUUAUGUCGCUUAUGACCGGAAAACUCGGUGAUCAAGGACGGUUACAAGAUAUUAAGACGAAAAUUGCUCCGAAAGAAUCUGAAAAGCCCCCUUUUAGAAAACUACCGCUGGAACCGAUAAGGGAAAAACUGAGGAAAGUGAAAUACAGGGGGAAAGUUUUAAAAUUAGACGAAAUACCGACAAAUGAAAAAGAAACGAAUCCGCUCAAAGUCAAUAGGCGUCCCAUUCAAACGGAAAAAUUGACCUCUGAGGAAAUAUCGGAUAACAGUUCGACAUCAGUUGAAACAAACCAUAACGUAACGGUCAUGGUUGAAACGACCACUGAAAAAAUCCAAAGGCCUUCAUCAACACAGAAAAUCCACGAAUUCAUCGGUUCCAAAAUCAAAGCCGACGCUCUUAAACCGCACAGAAGCAAAUUUAGGUACCAUUCAAACCGCCUUAGGAACUUCGGAAACCUCGAAAUUAAUGAAGAAACUAAACCAAAAUACCCUCGUUAUAAAGUCGGGUUCCAGAAAACAAAACGCCCGAGAACCACCCGCACACAAUACACAUCAGAGCACUUGACAACAGAAGCGAUUACAACAAAUCCGCCACGUAAAAAAGCUAGGAAAACAAAACGGCCGAAAACGUCGCUCAAAGAAAGCACAAGUGAGUAUAAAAUUAAUGAGGAAAAUACAACAAAAUCAGGAAUUAAAGUUAGGAAAAUCGAAAAGCAUCCCAAAACUACCCCCGCGCAAGGCAUGACACAACCAGUAAUGAAUGAAGAAUAUACAACAAAGGCAAUCUACGUGAAAAGAAAGAAACGACCAAAGAAUAACCACAAGCAAAAUACAAAUAAGCAAACAACACAAACUACUCGAUAUAGCACGAACCAGGAAGACUCUGUUACGACAGAAUUGUCUACCAUACCAACUUUUUUCUCGAUCCAUAAGCAUCCGACAAGCGCUCCGAUUAUGCACACGCAAUUUUUGGAAAAACACCUAGCCACCUCGGAAUCAUCCGUGACAAGCAUAUACGAUCGUAUCGUGCAGGAGCAUCUUUACAACAUGAAACAAGCACUAGAAGGGCAGACUGUUUAUAAUUCUACGACGGAAAACGAAAACUGCGAAGUAUGGCAAGGAGUGAGACAUAAAAACAACGAUUCGUCUGUUUUUAUUUGUUUAAAAAAAUUUGAUAAGACAUCGUAUAAUAAAUGGAUUGAAGCUAUUGUAAGUCUUACAAUAAUACACUUGAUAUAA